AUGACUUCUAAGCAGGAAGAUGCUGCCUUAGCCAAUUUUCUUCAGUUCAUUGAAGAUAAGGGACUGAGGGCUUAUGAUGCUUUGGUGAUACAGAAUGCUUCGGACAUUGCUCGUGAAAAUGAUCGCAUGCGGAAUGAAACAAAUUUGGCUUACCUCAAGGAAAAAAGUGAGAGAAGGAGAAGGCAAGAGGAAGCAAUAAAGAGGCUAGGCGGAGAUGUAGGAAAAGGAGGUGAGGGCACCUGCAUGGGCAAGCACUUUCGAAUGGGGUUCAUGACCCUGCCUGCUCCUCAGGACCGUCUGCCACACCCUUGUGCCAGUGGCUUUUCAGUGAGGUCACAGUCACUUCACUCGGUUGGGGGCAGCGACGAUGAAAGUCAUGCCUGCGUGCGCAAGCAACCGCCUCCAAAGCCCAAGCGGGCUCCGAGCACCAAGCUGAGCAUCUCGGCAGAAACUGUGAAUGCUGGCUUGACGGGGUCACCAGGACCGGGAGGAGCACCCGUUGGCACAGGAUGGCCUCUGGGUGCAGAAGGGGCACCAGAAACAGCAGGGACGUCAGGCACGGAGGGGACCUCGGGAUCAGGAGGAACAGCAGUGACAGCUGGAAUCGGAGGGACGCCAGCGGCAAUGGGAACAACACUGAAAGAGCUUGAAAAAAAUGCAAUGUCAACAAAACCCAGACCCCACAGUGAUGAAUAUGGCAAGAAGAUACCACCUCCUAAACCAAGGCGUGACCCAAACACACAGCUCAGCACAUCCUUUGAUGAAACGUAUGGCACAAAGCACAGUAGUCGAAAGUCAACCACUGGAGCAAGCAAAGAGAGUGCUUCUGGACAAGCUUUUAGUCCAACUAGGGGCACUGAGGAAGAAGAGCCAGUCUACAUUGAAAUGGUUGGAAAUAUAUUACGCGAUAUUAAAAAAGAAGAUGACGAUCAAAGUGAGGCAGUUUAUGAGGAAAUGAAGUAUCCAUUAUUUGAUGAGGUGGUCCAAGACUUCAAAUGGGGCAGUCCAGGUCAUAUAGACCCUCAUUCUCAGUGUCCUACUCCAACUGUGCCUGAAGUGGAUAUUACAAAGUCUUCAAUCCCAUCAAAUCCAAAGGGCUUAUUUUGUGAGAUUCCACCUCCAUUCCCAAAUCUGCUCCCUCAUCGCCCCCCUCUAUUAGUGUUCCCGCCAGCUCCGAGCCAAUGCUCACCAGCUUCUGACGAAUCUCCUUUAACUCCUCUUGAAGUCAUAAAGCUCCCAGUGCUGGAAACAAGCAUAUCUUAUAUCAAGCAAACUGGUGCUUCCCCAUCAUCUCUCCCUGCUCAGUCUUCCGGAUACCAGAAAGUAGAAAAAGACUUACCAUCUUCUCAUGGAAUAAGUGCAACUGGAAGGCCCUCUUCCCCACCACUUCCAUCAACUCUUUAUAGGACGCCAUCACCUCAUGGUCUUCAAUCUCAUUUUAGUCACUCAAUAACCCCAUCUCCUGUCACUAUGGGGCGGUCCAUGACUCCAUUAGGCCUAAAAAGACCCCCGCCCUAUGAGUCUAUACAUCCACCACCAAGAUGUUCUUCCGCAGUGCCUCAGUCCACAGUGAAAACCCCAGUACAGGAAGGAGGAAAGACGGGAAAUAUCUCUUCUUCCCAAGGAUCUGCGCAUAGUGGGUCACGCUCCAGAACGCCAACCAGUCCUUUGGAAGAACUCAGCUGCCUCUUUACCUCAGGAAGGAGUUUAUUGAGGAAAUCAGCCAGUGGGAGGAAAUCCAAGGAGCCGAUGGAAAAACCAGGAGAGGACCAAAAGGGACGGAGCGCCAGCACUGAACCAUUGCCAAAGGCGGAGAGCCGAGAGAAAGGGGCUCAUGGUGCUUCAGGAGAACCAGUCAAAUCUCAGGAAUGGGAUGGUAGCCCUGGACCACCAGCACCAGUGAGCAGUCGAAUGGGAAGGUCCUCAGUUAGCCCAACUCUGUUAGCAGGGCACAACAGUUCAGACACCAUACGUCAAGAGUCAAAGACGAGCUGCAAGCUGGGCCGAUCUGCUUCAACUUCAGGUGUGCCUCCUCCAUCAGUCAGCCCUCUCAGGCAGUCCAGCGAGCCGCAACAGAGCCAGGUCGCGUAUCAACAGUGGUUCUAUGGAGACACCACAAUACUUGAAAUGAUUGAGAAGAAGCGCAGUUUGUGUAAAGAGAUCAAGUCACGCCAGAAGCCAGAUAAAGGUCUUUGUAAACAAGACAGCAUGCCCAUCCUUCCAAGCUGGAAGAAAAACAGCACGACGAAGAAUCUGAAGCUGACAGCGUCACCCUGUUCAAAACCACAGACUGUUCUCUGGGACACAGCAAUCUGACAAAGUCCUCUGUGAAGCAUGCUUCCCCCAAGGUUUUGACCACUAACCCCUACAGGUUCCCUCCAAGAGUAAAUUCCUCAAUGACUGUUGUUCGACCUUUGACGUCCUCAUUGGUCUGCCCACCAGAACCCUUCAGUACUGUCGGCUCAAACGAUC